AUGGCAUCCGAUUCACAGAACAGCCCCUUCAUUAAACAUCUCGCAUCAAGCGACAAAACGACGCGCGACAACGCUCUUGAUUCUCUACGCACGUAUCUUAGUGGACGGUCCCAGAUAGAAGAACUUGAUUUGUUGAAGCUAUGGAAGGGCUUAUUCUACUGCAUGUGGAUGCAGGACAAGCCGGUCCACCAACAACGUCUCGCGCGCGACCUAGCCUCCCUAAUCGAAGUCUUACAAGCGGGUGUGGUGUUACCGUUUGUAGAAUGUUUCUGGAAAACGAUGGCGAGGGAGUGGGGUGGGAUUGAUGCUUUACGGAUGGACAAAUACCUAUACCUAAUCAGACAAUACCUCAACGCUUCGUUCCGAUACCUCUCGCGCGAUCGAUGGUCGAAUAUCGAUGGUAUUACGCGGGUGGUUCAGAUACUAGAGAAUAUACCACUACAUCCUACGGAUAUGAAGAUUCCCAAUGGGCUGAGGUACCAUAUAUUUGAUAUUUAUGUGGAUGAAUUGGAGAAGGUGGGUGGUGAGAAAAUGGAAGAGGUGCCUAGAGAGAAACUGCUGGAGCCAGUGAGGAGGAUUCAGAAGGAGAGCAAGGUUAAGAGUGUUAGGAACGCAGCGAAGGAGGUGCUUGAUGAUGAGAGAUUGAAGGCUUGGAGGGGGGAGGGUGUAGGUGGAGAUAGAGAUGAGGAGAUGGGUGAGCACGGGGAUGAGGAUGAGGAGUGGGGCGGCAUUGAGGACUAG